UGUACCGCGAUGUAUUCAGUUCAGCUAUAAUCAUGUCUGGUUACAUCUCGCGGUCGUUAUUUCAUUCGGGAAAAGCUUUGUAUAAAUCACAUGUUUGUAGAUGUAAAAUAAUAAACAAUGGACAAGGUAUAACAAAAAGAUCCGUUUCAUACAGUAGACAAUUAUAUUCAAACAAAAAAUUAACCGAAAGUGAAGAUUUAAACAAAGAUGAAGAACCUAACCUACCAUCCGGUUUGGUUAGAAAAUACAAAGUAUUUCGCGACGAAGAUGCACCGGUAAUUUUCGAUGUAAAUGAAGAAUUAAAGAGGAUCGAACUCGGUGAAUUGAAUAUUCAGGAAGAAGAUAAAGAUCCUUACGAAGGAAUAAAUUUAGAGCACGGUGUAAAUGGAGUUUUUGAUAUUGAAGAUCUUGUUGAAUUAUUAAAGAAAGACAAUGCUAGGCAGAUUUUUGUUGCAACAGUUCCUAAAGAAUACAGCUACGUUGAUUACAUUGUAGUAGCCUCAGGAAAAUCUACUAGACACUUGCAUGCAUUGGCUACGUUUGUACGUAAAAUAUAUAAAAUAAAGAGGCAUAAAAAUGAUACCAUUCCUAAAAUAGAAGGAGAAAGUUCUAAAGAUUGGAUGGCAAUGGAUCUAGGCAACAUUGCGCUUCAUCUAUUGACUCACGAAGCAAGACUGAAAUACGACCUGGAAACUCUUUGGUCAGUCGGUUCCCAAUACGAUGAUAUUAGUAACAAAAAAGAUCAAGAUUUAGAUCUCAUGGAUAAAUACAGCGCUUUCUUAAGAAAUCUUCAACCAGCUGAAUAAUAUAUAUCAUAAGUAUUGUUAACACUUGAUCAGAUAAUUGUACAAAGUCAUGUUAGAGUUUGUUAUAAGACUGUAAAAUAAUGUUAUAUACCCAUUCAAUGUUGUUAAAAUUAAACAACAGCAUCAAUAACAAUAUGAUGAAUGAAAAUUAUUGUUAUUUUUUUGAAUUAUGAAUCAGUCAAUCGAACCAAUACUCAAUAAUCAUUCUGAAUGCCCCCUCCACUAAGCUUAAGUACAAUAUAGGCUGCUUUUCCUGAACACUGCACACACACACACACACACACAAGUAUUAAUCGGUCAUAUGUGUUAAUGUGUAUAACGUGUAUGGCGCUGAUGCUCUGAAGCAAGUGCGAGAAAGGCUGGGCAGAGCCUGGCCCAUCCAAACAAGUGUGAAGCAUGUACAAUAUACUACAGCUGAUUUGACGAGUAUUAUCGGCGCGUAUAAUAAGAGUCUGCGAUUUUCCCAACCCACACGUAGCCUCGAUUUUCCUCCCACCCAAUCUCGAUGCUCACACUUGGACACACUUUGUGCGCGCGUAUAAUUAAUGCGGCCAACCAGCCGUCACACAUAGUGCGAGCUCGUAUUAUAAUCGCACGGUCAAGCGAGCAGCCCGUUUUAUCGAGCAUCAUAAGUACCUAUACGGCUAUAUUGCAUCGCUAGCGCGCGAGAGCCGCGUGCUUCGUUUGUUGUGACUAAUUGUUCCGUUUUCCACUUCCUUCCAAUGUCGAGUCGUCAACCUAUGUGAUAGGUGCAUCACUUUUUAGGCGCGUCAAUGUCAAUAUAGAACUAAACGUCGACUUUUCUUUUUACUGAUGUUUAUAUAGACUGGUACUUAUAACUGAGAGGUGCAUCGUAAGUCUCCUUUGUCUUUACGGAUAGCUACAGUGCUUCGUUGAAACUACAAUUGAAAGAAAAUCAUAACGCUUUUAUUCGAAAAUCGAAACAUUUUUCGUAUAGUUUGAGGAUAUUUUUCUCCUGUGUUUAACUACAAGUAUAGGGCAGAACUGUAUCAACAUGAAAUGGAAAAAAUACAAUGGAGACACUUGCCCGAGUUUGAUCUAAGCUGAUAAAAAUGAUAAGACUGAGUCAUCGGUUACUUGUUCGAUGACAAUUUUUGUAAUGUAUUGAAGGAUUACAAUUUUAUCUAUUCCAAGCAUAUGUGCAAGAGGAAUAAAAGAGAUGGCUGAGGGAGCAGAAGAAAUGUGUUCGAGGAAACCUACAAAAUGCUUGAAAGUUCCUUUAAAAUCAACGGAACAAAUAUACUUGAUAUUUUUAAUACCAGCGAUAGCUAGCUGCUUGGUUUAUGUAUUACACUUUGCAGCAGACUUAGUAGUCGCUGUGCAACAUUUUAGAGAAGAAAAUCCCGUUUGGGCAUGUAUUACCAUUGGUUUUAUGUAUGCCCCAGCUUUGGCUUAUUUUAUACUGACUAUUUCAAGACCAGAUUGGUGGAUGACAGAUGAUGAUAAAUUAUACAAAGGUGCAUUCUUGUGGUUUCUGCUACAGUUAAUCAAAUUAAUUGCAUUUCCUUUAUUUGCUUUAUACAGAUAUGCUGGUCUAAUAGUAUUAUCAAUAGAUGCAAUUAUGCUAUCGGGUGAACAGAGGAGAAAAACAUUGAAUGUUGCUGCGGCGCCAGCGGCAAUUGAACUUUAUUUCUUUCUUCAAGCAUGGUUUCAAGCGGCUCCACAAGCAGUAUUUCAAACACAUCUAUUGUUCAGAGAAAAAGGUGUUGAUCGUACUCAUCAAUCAGAGGUCGUUCAUAUGCUAUGUAUAUUGAUGUCAAUUUGUAUAAUGGCCAUGAGAACAACAUCAUUUCAAAGAUAUGAAAGUCAAAGGUUGAAUGGUAGGAAAGUGCCAUGGGCAAUGUGGUUGAAAAAGUAUAGAAUUCAGGAAUUGGAAAAUCUGGAGGAAAAGCAACUUCUACAAUCAACAGUUACUUCUUCUCAAGCAGAAACUGCUGAAGCAACAAAUAAACCAGACACAGAUAAAAAUUCUUCAGGUCAAUUAGAAAGACAGAAUUCCAUGACCCCACCAUUACCACCAAAAAAUGUAAAAAUUAUUCCACCUCCAGCACCUCUUCGAGGAAUCACAUCAAUCACACCUCUGGCUGUACCAGAUAUGCCAGCACCACCACGACCAGAUUCCCUUGUUGUUGAUCCAGAAGAUGUAAAACUUGAUCAAGUACCAAAAUCAUUGUCCGACGACACAACGAAUGACAGAGCAUUUGAGAGAAGUGACAGUUUGAAAAUACCAAAACGAAAAAAUUUUGCCAAAGGCUUGGAAAAUGACGAUCCUGUUGGAAUAUUCCUAGCUUUUGUAUGGUGGUUUUUGUUUAUUCUUCCCCGAGUUUUAUCAAUAGCGAUAUUCUACGAGUUUUAUCCAUUAUACUUGCUGGCAGUUCUGGGUGUGCAUUACGUUUGUAUGAUUGGUUACUUAUUUUAUUAUGCAAAAUAUUAUGACGUGAUGAGUUUUUUCAUUAAUUUGUGGCUUGGAUUAGUAUACGUAUUUAGCAUAAUUGAGUAUAGGAUAAAGUUCAAAUACGCAGACAAGUGGCUUAUUUUUUACUAUAUAUUUGUUAUUUUACAAAAUACUUUUAUGACAAUGUUUUGGUAUUUUUAUGGCAAUUGGGAUGGUUUCUGGUAUUCAUACUCAUUUCACAUGAUUUUCAUAUGUAUGAGUCUUUGUCUUUUAUCAACAAUAGUAUAUUAUUUAAUGUUGAAACCGAAAAAGCGCAGGAUUUACGUGACAUGAUCAUUAUGAUAAAACAAAAGUAGAUUAUAGAUAAUUUUAUAAUGUAUUUCUAUUUAUAAACAUAUCUUGAAAGGAAUGUUGCUAACCAUUCUAGAGCUUUAAUUAAAUUACAUAACGUAAAUUUCAAGAUAUUUCAAUCAAGCUAGUACUUAUACGUAACAAACAUCAUUUUUUGAAAAGAUGAAAUCUAACAACUUUUCAUGUAGCCAUUAAAUUAUAAGUGUCGUAUUCAACUGCUAUAAAUGUUGGCAAUGGUUUUUAAAAUAUUAGUAACUUGAUAUAAAGACUGAAUAUUCCAUUUGCUAAGAUUAAGACUUACAAAAGUACAACAAUUGCCUAGUGUACUUUUUCAUUAAAAAUUAAUUUUCACACUCUGAUCAUUAACUGUUAUAAAUAACAUUAAGAUAUAGACUAUUGUAAUCCAGUCCAUUUUUUUACCAAAUAGCCAUACUUAUUUACAGAUCCUUGUGUACUGUGUGCAAUAAAAAUAUUUGUACAAACAUU